AUGAAAUUUGCCGAUCGCGUAGAUAUCGACUGCAUCUGGCACAUCAUCAACAUGGGCGACAAGUACCUAUUCGAUGGAGAAAUCUUGCAAGGCUUCUUCAAGCGAUGGUAUGCUGCGAACAACAAUCUGGAUCAGAAGGGCGUCGACUUUGCGCGGCAACUUGCCCUUCCUUGCUACGUAUUCGACCACGCGCAGGGCUUCGCCGACGUGACAAAGUGGCUUGCCUACAACGCCGAGGGACACAUUACCGAGAAACGUCCCCCGGGCUUCAAAUGGAAGCAUCUGCAUUUGGCACCACCGGAGUUCGUCGGUCCCAUGAACGCCUCCCGCGGCCGCCUUCGCAACGUCCUGCACAAAGAGCUCUGGAAGAGCGCUGAGACCCUUAUGCAUCGCGGCAAGAGAUCCUCAACAUGCACGCACUGGGAGAAGUCCUUUGCAAACUACUUCUACGCAUUGUAUACAGCCGAUGUUUACCCCAUCGAACUGAAAUGCGCAAGGGCCUCCAUCAACACGAUGCUUAGUCGUCUUGACGAGUUCUACUGCCCUAAGGGAGGGUGCUGCAGUAUCUGCACGGUGGACUGGGAGCCCGCGGUAGAGCAUGCGCAGACAAUGACGAGCAAGUACUUUGACGGCCUCUGCAUUGAUUGCAUGGGUAAUUCGAGGCUGCCCAGGGGAGUAGACCCGGAUGUCAAGUACUGGAUGAAGAACGGUAGUAGCUCAGGCCGAUGGGACCAGCACUGUCGCAUCAAGCACGGUGAGCCUACUUGGUACCACUCCUGGUGUGGAAGGGAUGAGCAUCGGCAGAGGUUGAUCAAGGCCAAGAAUGAUGAUUCUGAUUAA